CCAGAUCCCAACAAUGACACACAUAACGGAGGUCGGCUAGGUCGUGACCUGAUGACCUUUGGCCAUGGCUGCCUGUUUCUGCGUGCGUCUUGGCAAGGAUAUUGUCAAGACGCUUGACUUUCGUCACUGCAAUCUGCGCUUCGUGCCAGAGGAGAUCUUUGAGUAUGACGAAACCUUGGAGGAACUCUUCCUUGAUUCAAACGACAUCCGAGAGCUGCCAAGGGACUUGUUCCAUUGUGAGCUGCUCAAGAAGUUUGGAGUGAGUGACAAUGAACUGGUUACCAUCCCAACUUCUGUGGCUAGCCUUAUCCAUCUUGAAGAACUGGAUGUCAGUAAGAAUGGUAUUGUGGAGCUUCCUGACAACAUAAAAUGCUGUAAGAAUCUCCGGCUGGUUGAAGUCAGUGUGAAUCCUCUGGGAAAGCUUCCAGAAGGGUUCACCCAGCUGAUGAACCUGAGUCAUCUUUAUCUCAAUGACACUCUUUUGGACUACCUACCUGCUAGCUUUGGGAGACUGGCGAGGCUCAAGGUCCUAGAGCUGAGGGAAAAUAGGCUCAAAGCUCUUCCAAAGUCCAUUUCAAGAUUGACAGAGCUAGAGAGACUUGACCUUGGGCAGAACAGCUUCAGGGAAAUUCCUGAUGUAAUAGGAUGUCUCACAAAGUUAACAGAAGUCUGGAUAGAUACCAACAAAGUGACACAGCUACCUCAGUCAUUUGGUAACCUGAGUGAUCUUGUAUACUUUGAUGCAUCCUGUAAUCGUCUUGAAUACCUGCCUGCAGAGAUGGAUAAACUUGAGAGCCUUACCGAUCUUCAUCUCUCAAAGAAUUUCCUUCAUCAACUUCCAGAGAACAUUGGUCAACUGAGUAGCCUGACGACCUUGAAAGCCGACAACAACCAGUUAGCUUCUCUCCCCAUCUCCAUUGGUGGACUGGUAUCUCUCGAGGAGCUCAUCUUGAGUGCUAAUGAUUUGGAGGAGCUGCCACCAAGCAUUGGCCUCCUGCGCCAACUACGCCACCUCAACGUAGAUGAUAACAUGCUGCAGAGUGUUCCUGCUGAGCUUGGUAGCUGCAGUGGAAUCACUUUACUAUCUCUGAGGGGCAACUAUCUCCAGGUUCUUCCCGAUGAGUUCGGCCGCAUCGCCAAGCUGACCGUGGUCAAUCUCAGUAACAACCGUCUUCAGUCGUUGCCUUAUAGCUUCACCAAGCUCAAGAACCUGCAGGCGUUGUGGCUGUCAGAGAAUCAGUCCAAGCCAUUGAUUCAACUGCAGUCAGAGUUUGUAGAUCAGAUUGGAACCCGAGUCCUCACAUGCUUCAUGUUCCCACAGCGACCACAAGAUUAUGAAGAAGAUUCCUAUCUGAGUGACGGGGAAAGCUUUCAUCCAUCUGUGUGGGAGCAGGAGAGAGCCAAAAGAUCCAGGAUUAUAUUUGAUGUGGAAGAGUCAGAAUCUGAGCAUCAGAAGAACACGGCCAGGGCAACCACCCCUUACCCCAAGGAGACGGUGAGACCUCGGUUCAGGAUGGGGGUUGUUGCGGCCCCAUCCAACGGUCACAUUCCAAGCAAGAAACCACACCUCAAGGAUAAGGUCCAGAGUCCUCAGAUGGAACUGCUCCCAAGCAAGCCUUCAGUUGAUACAAGGGGUUCGAGACGGGUCCGAGGCAGACGAGAGCUGGAGCUAGAUGGGAUACGGAUCAGAGAGGCGAAGGUCACAAGGCCAAGGUCACCGGGGUCAACCAUUAGUGAUAGCCUGCAUCUGUUCCAGGCAGAUAAGGAGAAGAGGGCUAAAGACAAAGCACGUAUCCGUCGUACAUCAAUUGCUGAUAGCGAUACUGAAGGGGUCUCCCCCAAGGGAAAAGGGCUGUUCAAAAAGUCGAAACCUGAUCGUGGAGCCCACAGCGACACUGAGGCCAUCGACCCAGAGUGGACAUCCAUGACCAAAAGCCAAAGGAGAUCUCUGACCAUUGAAGAUGCUGUCGUUCAUGAUAGAAGAUCUUCAGUGGACAGAAUUCAGACGCUGCCAAUGGAUGGCUAUCGGAAAAACGACCUCAAGAAGGACAGAACUUUCUCUAAGUCGAAUGGAAGCACAAGGCAUAAUGGGCAUUUGAAUGAGGUUGUAACUGAUUAUGGAUUCAUAGACCAAGGACAGAGUGAAGGGGAUUUUGUAGAUGGCCAAAGAACAAGAAGCGGUGAGGUAUUGCAGAAUGGGAGGAGAAGAAGUGAUGUGGUGUAUGGAAACGGCGAUGCGAGGAGAAGGAUGAAUAGGCAUGUGAACAAAGAUCCGAUGCAAGGUGGCACUCCUGUAUCAGGCAAUGUGGCCUUUCAUGGAAAGCGGAACUCGCACCAAAGACGAUCGGGUUAUGGAACCGAUCCGGAGCUGGAGGAGUUGUACCACCAUUCUGUAGGGAAAGACAGUCCCAGGAUGCAGGUGGCCCAGUAUCAUACACCCCCAAGGAAACCUGGCUACUCCUCAGACCAGGACCAGCGCACUCCACAGGGUAGGAAGGUCGAUCAGGGUGGCAAUAAGCAAACUAGCAAUAAAAAACCUGAGCCUCAUCCGCAUUCAGGGUACGGUACGGAUUCUGAAAUCAUGGCGUACAAUGGACCGUUUGAUUAUACUCCUCCUGUUGAAGAUCAUGGAAGGUCUUCCAGGGUUAGUCAAAGAACUCAGAAGCAGAGUCGGGUAUCAAAGAGACAGCCUGAAGCUUACGAUGAUCGUAAAGGACAGUGGAUUGAUGGUGUAGGGUAUGUAAAAGAGACAAAUCAAGAGAAAGUGGUUAAAAACAAUGAGGAGGAUUUGCAUUGGGCGUACCCGACAUUUGAAUCCAAUAAAGGAACUGGGUUUGAUGAUAUACCAAAAGCCGAGAAAAAGGAGUUCACUGAGGAACCAAGGGGUGGUAUUAAUGCUAGGACAAAUAGAAUCGAUCAUCCUGGUGACCUUGGUAGACAAACUGUGGCCAGUGCUGUCCUGGAAAAGGGAGAUGAACACCCCAAGGACGAGGUCAAAGUAGAUAUGUCCUCAGAGGUAGAAAACCACCAAGAACUGCAUUGGGAUAUCUCUGAAAUUCUUGGUAGUUCAAGUAGAACAACGGGGCAGUUGAGUACUCCUGGCUCCUCUCCUCAGAAAUCAAAGACAGGAACUGCUGGUAACCAGAGACCAUCAAACAAACAUAAGAAAUUCAGUUCAUCAACUCCAGAAAAUGAUAGACAGAAUGGGAAAAUUAGCACAGUUGUUAGCAAUGGACCUGUUCAGAAUGUAGGACAAACACUUGGGAAUAAUGUGGUGGCUGUAGAAAAUCUUGAACUGAGAUCAAAUGUUGAUGUCCCUUGGGAUGAAAGACCUCUUCCACCUUAUCCCAAGAAAAGGGAUCCCAACUCACCUCUACCUCCAAGCCCAGCACAGUUGGAUCACAGGGACUCAUCAACAACACCACCUGUUGUCCAAAAACCAGGUUCAAACAAGUUGCCACAACAGCAGUAUUACCCAACAAGACUUCGAAGCGAUUCUCCACUGCCUCCCUAUAGCAAUAGAACCACUCCCAAGGAUGGUACCCCAAACACAAGAACACAUCUCAGGAACCAACCCCCCAAUCUCCACAUUGCAAACCAACAGAUCCUUCAGAGUGAGAGCCGAAAGCCUAGUGAGCUUUCAGGUAAUCAGAAGCGAGGAGCCAUUCCGACGUAUGAUGAAGCUGUGUUGCGACGGAAAGACAGUCUUGUUAAGCAGCAGUCCCAGUCCUUGAACUCACUCACCAGAGACAUAAGCAAGCAGCUGAAAGUGUACCCAAUUCCAGUGGCCGCAUCUAGUGAAGAGUUCUUGGUUGACAAACCGAAACAGGAGGCACAUUAUACAACUCAGGCUAGACCUUCCAAUGAACGACUCCAUGAUGAGAUGGAUGACUAUGAGAUCGUUGAUGGUUUGCAUCGGAACCAUCAAGGAAAGGAUCAUGAAUUGCAGGGGCAACCUCAUGACAGAAAACCUUGGUCAUACCCUGAUACCAGACAAGGACAAGAUAGCAAAUUGACAGGUGAUGGUACCCAUUUGCACCAGAAUCAUAUGAGAUCAAAUACCCCAAGUAGUCAGAUAGCAAGGAAUCCAUCUGAGAGAACUGAUACAUUAACAAGGCAACGUAAUACAAAUGAUGCUGGAUAUCAUCAAAGACGGUACGUUCAAAGGGAAGACAUUAUUGAAAACUGGAAGCAUGAGGCUGAUAUUAAUAAAAACAUUCCAAGGGGAAAAUCUCCAUUACCGCACUAUGCAGCUCAUAGGACACCAACUGCCAAGGAAGAACUGCCACAUUCCUACGCAGAUGGAAGCCCUUCGCAUCCUUCAGCUCCUGACCAAAGGUCCAGGAACAUUGAUCACAGCAAUCAAGAAAAUGCUCAAAAGCGCAGAGUGGACGAAAAGUGGUCUUCUGAUCAUAAACAUUCAGUUCAAAACAGGCACAGUAAUGUUGAACGCUAUGACCAAACAGAAGUAGCAUUCGGCAGCCAAAGAGACAUCAACCACAACAGACCUCAAGACCCAGCAUAUGUCAGACAAAGAGACAAAGACAGUGGCCAGUACAGACCUACCUACAACCAGCAGGAUACUGCCCCUGACAGGUUGCAGUCAACGCCACCCUAUGAGGAAAGACAGGUUCCCAUGGAGAAUCAGCAGCAGUCUGUUGAAGUCACUGAAGACAAUUGGAAGCGGCACCUGCUGAGCAAGAUUGCCUCAAAGAACUUGGUACCAGGGGAUGACCACCAACAGACCCCGGUUUCUAUUCGACGCCAGGGUGAGAGCACCAAGUCUACCGUACAACAGAGGAGACUGCAUGUUCUACGAGCAAGAAUGCAAAAUGAAAUGAAGCCGAGUGAUGAAACCAUGGAUGAGGUCUUCCACUCUCCCUCUCUGCCGUCACGAUCCCCUGGCUACAAAGGUCAGCCCCACACCCCGCCCUACCACACCCACCAACACCCUCACCACACCCAUCAUACCAACUACCAAUCUCAGGACCAGCAACAUCCGGAGAGCAACGCUGGUGACAGGACCCGGCCCCCUCGUCACUACCACCAUCAUCAUCCCACUCCUGACACCCAGGAUUCUCCUGGGCAGAAGCCAUGGCAGGAUGAUCAUGUACUAAGCAAAGGCCCUCCUCCGUCAUAUCACCACCCGAGGGAAUGGUCUCCGUCAACCUAUGGCAAACCUAAUACAAUGGACCAUGUGGAUGUAUCAGAAACUAGGAGGGGUACCCCACCAGGCAGUUCGGGCAGCUCCACCACCGGCUGUAACGGGCGUAGCUUUGCCCCCUCCCCGAGCCUCCAGCGACGGUUGCCCCCCUAUCACUCUUCUACUAUCACCCAAUCACAAUCUCCUCUUCCAGUCAGGCGAGUCGACCCAGAGGGCAUCGGGGGCCCCAAAACGAUUCCAUUGGUAAUCUAUAAGAACCCUGGUCUUGGGUUCAGCAUCACUGGAGGUCAGAACUCACCAGGGAAUCCUUUCCAUCCUGAAGAUAUGGGUAUCUUUGUGACCAAGGUUCAACCUGAUGGCCCGGCGGAUCAUUGCUUGCUUCCUGGAGACAAGAUCCUGACUGUCAACAACCAGGACUUUGUGGACAUUGAUCAUGAACAAGCUGUCCAGGUACUCAAGAAUAGCAACCCAGUCUCAAUGGUAGUCAGCAGAGAAACCUGAGGUCCUCUAUCAAGAUCAAAUGGAGGCUUCUCAACAUAGAUCAUGAAGAGGUAGGCUUGGCCCUCAAGUACAGCAACCUUGUCUCAAUGGUAGUCAGCAAAGAUCCUGAGGUCUUCUAUCAAAACAAAAUAUAGACUUCUCAACAUAGAUCAUGAAGAGGUAGGCUUGGCCCUCAAGUCCGGCAACGUCGUCUUAAUCCUCAAGUACAGCAACCUUAAUCCUCAAGUACAGCAACCUUGUCUCAAUGGUAAUCAGCAGAGGUCAUGAGGUUCUAUAUAAAGCUAGAAUAGAGAUUUCUCAUCACAGAUCAUGAAGAGGAAAUCUUGGCCCACAAGAACAGCAACCCAUCAACAAUGAUAGUCAGCAAAGAAACCUGAGGUUCUCUAUUCAGUCAAAAUAAAAGAAUUUGUCAUGAAGAGGAAGUCUUGGCCCACAAGAACAGCAACCCGUCAACAAUGGUAGUCAGCAGAGAAACCUGAGGUCCUCUUGCCAACCAAAACAAGAGAAUUGAUCAUGAAGAGAAAGUCUUGGCCCACAAUAAUGGUAUCCCAUCAGCAAUGGUAGUCAGCAUAGAAACCUGAGGUCCUCUAUCAAGCCAAAACAGAGACUUUUCAACAUGGAUCAUGAAGAGGAAGUCGUUACCAGCAAGAACAGUAUCCCGUCAACAAUGGUAGUCAGCAGAGAAAUCUGAGGUUCUCUAGGUUCUCUAUCCAGUCAUAAUAAGAGAAUUGAUCAUGAUGAUAUCUUGGCCCACAAGAAUUGUAGCCCAGUUUCAAUGAGAUCAGUCAGUAGAGAAACAUGAAGUUCAUUAUUUAUCUAGCCUUGGUUUCAAGAACAGAGCUUGUUGACUCUGAUUAUUAGUAGGUAAUUUCGGUCCUCCAGAACAGCAACCCCGUCUAGAAUAUUGUUGGUAGCUUAGCAAACUAUUCACUGUCCAGCCCUUUUGUCAAAAAUAAAACCUGUGAGUUUAACUUGUUAAUAUUAUCAUGGUUAAGAUUAUGGAAAGGGCUUUUUUUUGCGAGAAUAACAUAACAUUAUUUAGAUUUGUCCGGUAUUCAGAAAAAAUCACCAAACUCUAGCUGGACAGUCUUGUUGACUCCUGUCUGCUACUGAAGUUACAGAUUACAUUAUAGCAAGAAGUUUUACCUGAAUCUCUCUGCCCUUAUAUACAUAGAUGUAACACGUAGAAAGUGUUAUAGUAUUGUGCUGAUGGUUAUUGCAAUAUCAAUUCCAAUUGAUGGCAUUGGAGUUUGAUAAUUUGAUUUGCAUAUCAGAGGACUAAAUAUUUCAGUUUAGUUGUUCUGGUUCAGUGCGGUACAAACAAGAAAUGAAUCCAUUGGGGAAUUUCUUUUCUACAUACAUGUAUAUGAAAUUAUGAUAUCCAGUUGAAACAUAACAUUCCAAUAUAUUCAUUAUACAUUACAAAUUCCAUAUUUGUUUAACUCUGUAGCUAAUUUUGUUGGUGCUGAACAAUGAUGUAUUUCCUUCAUUCCGGGCUACAGUACUGUUUCACUUUCCAAAAGCAGUCACAAUUAGGGGGAGCCAGGCCAAUUGCACCCUCGACAUCCAUGUAUCAUUAAAAUUUUCCUCAAAAAUCUUUUUAUAAUAAGCAUACCAUAUUCCUACUCAUUUCACUCUUUUCAUAUGUCAUAUCCAUACUUCUUGAUCGCCUUGUAGAAUAGUCCAGCUUGCUUUCAGUCAUUCCAUAUUUAUUUCUAAGCCAUUUUUAAGAUUUAUUCUUCGCGAUAGCCUUCAAAAAGACACUCACUUGCUGACUUGUCCUGUGUCAAUGAGGAUUAAUGCCUUGUCAAAGGACAGAAGCCUGUCCACUAUGUUUCGACUUGCCCCUAUCCAAUUACUGUAUUGUUACAGAGCCUUCCCUUGUCUUCACAUACAUGUAUUUAUGAAACAGUGAAACUGUUGUAUUGCAGUGUUGUUGAGUUUAUAAGCUAAGUGCCUAUGCAAAAAGUGUUCUUCAGCAAACUUUAUUCAGUGAUGAAUUCUGUGAAGUAAAGAAGAAUAGAGAACAGCCUGUUACAGGAAUAUGUGUGUUUAAUCUCAACUCGUAAUCAAUUGCAAGUUUCAAACAUGGACCUCUGAUUGGUUGAAAGGAAUGUUGGGUUUGAUGUUUGGAGUUGAAUUUGAUUGUGGCUAAUGUGACAGGCCCCAGAAAAUUUCAAGAGAAGAAGUGUUUUCCAGCAUUUAUACAUGUAUAUUCCAAAGUAUGCAGCUAAGAACUGAUGUGAUAUUAACCUUUUAUACCCUUUACAAAGUUCUGUCAAAGAUGAUGAAUCAGUACUGAUCUUGUUUAAUGUAUGCCAGGGCCAUUUAACACAAAGCUUAGCAAUUAAUCAAACAGCCCAUCUUUACAAUUGAUCGAUCAAUCAUUAAAUGAGCCCUGCGAUCGAUUGUUAACCUUUGUGUUACAGACACCUGUUUUGUAUUCCUGUUUUGUAUUCACAUUUUUCACUGUAUAUAUAGCACAUACCAAAGAGAGCAAAUUGGCUCUUUUUUGUACUUGAUAUUCGUUAGCCCUUUUUGUUGCUUGUAAGUGUAUUUUGUUCUUGUGGUUUUGUUUUUCAAGUGUUUUUUGUAGAAAUCGGGUUAUUAGUACUUGCAGACACACAUGACUAUGAAAGUGAUACCGGUAUUUGAUUCAAUCCCGUAUCAACUUUUUGCUCUUUAUGACGUAACUUCUGAAGGUUUCUAUGGUGAAGAAAAAGAGUGUAGUGGUUUCACUGUACACCAUGUAUUCUUUCGUGUGCAUAUGUUGGUCCUGAAAAGGACCACCCAUCAUGUCCACUGGCCUCUGGUACGUAAGCAUGACUAUAGGUAAAAGUCUUUGUGGUAAUAUUCUGAUAGCCUUGGUUCAGUUAAACCUGGGGGCGUUUCGUAAAGCUGUUCGUAAGUUAAGAGCGACUGGGGAUCCUUUUUGUGGUAAAUGGUAUACACCAAAAUGUUCACUGGCGAUGGUUUAGCAUGUAAGAAAGGAUCACCAGUCGUUCUUAAUAUCGCUUUUUACUUACGAGCAGCUUUAUGAAACACCCACCUGUCCUGGGUUAAAUUAGACCCCACUAUUAUGGAAUGCCAGCUUUAAUGAAACACCCACAUGGAUCAAAUUAGACCACUCUAUUAUGGAAUGCCAGUUGUCAACUCAUUCACCGAUUGAAUAUUAUUCUUAUCCUGCUGCAAAAAGUUGUCAUAAAAGUAAUUGAGUUGUGAAAUGGAAAGAAUAGCUUAAUAAAAAAAUGAAAUAAAUUUUAAGAAGUAAUUGAUACAUUAUAAUUGCCACAAUAUGGAAGUCAAUAUUAUGAAUCCAGCAUUCCAUAGACUUGUGGUUUAACUUUAAAACUCUAGUUUAGACUAGGGUUUAACCUCGGUUUAAUUAUCAGAAUACCACCCAAUGUGAAACACCCCGAUGAUGCAAAAUAUGUAUUUACCUCUAAUAAGUUAAAUUCUAUGGUCUAAAAUGAUUUGACGUGGGCAUAAUGUCAACUCAUCGCUCAUUUAAUUUAAUUUUUUUUUUUGGUAGCAAUAGCAAAUUUAUUCAUUAACAAAUACAUGUAUUGUAACUGAAAUUUUGGGCCUUUUUCUUACUACAAAAUGCUGUGAUCCAGUUUGGUGGACUAAUAAUUUGGUCUUAUUUUGCCUUGUAGAAUCGUGUAUCAUAGUUGAUGGUGAUGUAUUUUUUUCAGGGCUAUAAAAAUAGCACAAAACAUUUAGAUUUUAUAUCUUUGCAUGUAAAUAUCCAAUACUGUACAUAAUGUAUAUAGUACCACAACAAAGGUAAUUAAUUAUGGAAUUCAAUUUUGUAUUUACUAAUAUUGAUUUUUAUGUUGGCAUGUAACAAGUGACUUUGUAAAUGAUAUAUGUUUUGUAUCUUCAUGUAUGACAUGUUACAAAUGAAAUUUGAAAUGAUUCAAGAACAUAUGAUAUAACUUGAAAUUGUUAGAGAGAGAUCAUGUGCUGGAAGGUCUGUGGUGCUAUUUUUUGCUAGUAAUAUUUACUCUUUCUCUGCCAUAGUAUACCUUUGAAAAAAUAUUGGUGUCUUCAUUCAUGCCUUCAGUUGAUCUGCCAGAUUUACACCUUGCUGUUUUAGGCUAUAACCUGUUCCAAAGGUUACCAUGUGACUAUUGAAUUUUAUCAUUCGUAUAUAUAGUGCGUCCCAGAAAAAUGGCAAAAAGGCAAAUGAAUUACAGUGUAUGAUAUCUAAUUUACAUAAUCAUAUAAUUAAAUUAUUCAUCUUUAUUUUGAUACCUAGUAUAUGACGAACACUUCAUGCAUUAAUGAGCAAAACGAGUUUAAAAUUUUAAUGUCAAAACCAGGUUGCGCAGAAAAAUUGUAUAAGAUUAGUUCGUGACACGACGAACAUGCUUAUUCGACGAUUGGUUCAUUAGCAUUUCUUUUGUAUUCUGAUUCUCUCACUGAUCCCUGAAUUGAGAGUGGAUUCAGAUUCACACGUGAGUUUCUGUGCAAAUCAUUUUCUGAUAUGACUCAGUAUUUAUUAUUGGAAUGUGCCAUGCAUGAACGAUUUGCAAAGCUGUUGGUUUCAAAUUAGAGAUGAGAUUCCACUCUUUCCACGAGUAUCAAAUUUAUAGUAAAAACAUUAAUAAUUGUGAUAUCUCUGAAAACGGGUUUCCUUUUUCGUGGGACGCACUGUAUAGGCCUGUGCGCAGACCAACCUGUUUUACUCCUCAAUUUCAAUAGGUGGAUAGAGCUACGUGCUCUUUUGAGGCAAAAACAUACUCCAAAAGGUUAAGUGCGCACAGAGUCACACACUUUUCUAUUGCGUUCUAUUUUAUUUCAUUCUCCUUUAAUGUGAUUUGUAAAUCAGAAUACCUGAAUUCUCGCUUAUGCUUUUUGAUUGAAAAGUGAGAUGCGUUUGAUUUUUGGAGUUUAAUUGUGUUUAAUUGCAACAUUUUCUGCAUUAGGGACCAGAAUGUAUAGGGCUGGGUCCUGGUGGCUUUUCACUAAACUGAUCAUAAAGUCAAAUGCAACUUUAUAAGAACUGGUGUAUGAGGUGCCAAAGGAGAGGCCAGCAUUUUUCUUUCUUGCUGAUGUUCUAUGGUAAAAAUUGCAGUAAUCAAAACUGCAAUCUGGUUAAUGAUAAAAUAGCAAUAACAAAUUUAGUAAAAGUAAUGUUAUGGUACAUUACAAUAUACAUGUAUACCUUUUGAAAGUGCACUGACAAGAUUACAUGUAGCUUUAAAGAUGUUAUAUUAAUUAUCAAUAUUUGGCAUGCCAUAAUCAUGUCAUUUUUAACUUAAGGUCAUAUUUAACUAGGCUUAUGAAAUACUAGUGGCCCCAGAAUACAUCAAACAGGUCCUUACUGACAUUUACACUGUAUAUUAUGAUAAAAAUAAGACAUUCACCAUACAGCACACCAAUCAUUAAAUCAAUAUAUGAUAUAUAAAUAUAGUAAUAAAAAAAUUUAUUUGUAGCUUUCAUGAAACGAGAUACAUUACUUAUACAUUAUAGUGUGCCAACAAUAGAUGAUUAUCAUUCAAUUCCAUUGUGACGAUACAAACCUGUGUAUUUCUUGCUUUGUGGAUUGUAUUUAUUUAUUAUGACAGGAGACAAUACCUUGUAUGAAAUAUAUCACUGCUUUUGCUAUUCCACGGAUCAUGACGCUUGUAUUCACACUCUUUUGAUACCCGACUCUAUUUAUAUACUCUUGAAUCUGUAUUUUGCCUACUUGUUAACUCGCUUUGAUAAAGAAACUCAUAAUAAAUUAAUUUAUCAGAA